GCGUAUCUUUUGCGUCAUCGGAGGCGCCGGGCCCGAGGCAGAGCUGGGCGCAGACGUGGCCGAAGCUGGGCGCCCUCCCUGCUCGGCAGCCAUGGAGGCGCGGAGUAUGAACCUGCCCCGGGGACCCGGGCACCUCUGCUUCGACAAGGACGAGUUCCUAAAGCCAAAUUUCGAUGUCGAUCAUUUUGUGUCUGAAUGCAGAAAACGUGUUCAGCUGGAAGAACUUCGCGAUGAUCUUGAGCUCUACUAUAAGCUACUAAAAACUGCCAUGGUAGAACUCAUAAACAAGGAUUAUGCAGACUUUGUUAAUCUUUCCACCAAUCUGGUUGGCAUGGACAAGGCCCUUAAUCAGCUUUCGGUACCCUUGGGACAGCUGCGAGAGGAAGUUAUGAGUCUUAAGUCAUGUGUCAGUGAAGGAAUUCAUGCAAUUGAUGAUCGUUUGUCUAAACAGGAAGAUAUCAGAAGAAAAAAGAUGUGUGUCCUGAGACUUAUUCAAGUUAUUAAAUCAGUUGAGAAAAUUGAGAAAAUUCUACAUUCACAAAAUUCGAAAGAGUCAUCAUCAACAUCAGAAGUAAGCAGUCCCCUUCUGACUGGACAGGUUUUAGAGAGAGUUGCUACAGAAUUCAAUCAAUUACAAUUUCAUGCGGUACAGAGCAAAGGAAUGCCACUUUUAGACAAGCUUAAACCACGUAUAGUUGGAAUAACGGCAAUGUUGCAGCAAUCCUUGGAAGGGCUGCUUUUAGAAGGUCUUCAGACUUCUAACAUUGAUAUCAUACGUCACUGUUUGCGGACCUAUGCAACGAUAGACAAAACACGGGAUGCUGAAGCAUUAGUUGGUGAAGUACUUGUGAAACCUUAUGUAGAUGAGGUGAUUGUAGAACAGUAUGUUCAGUCUCAUCCUAAUGGUCUUCAGACCAUGUACAAUAGAUUGCUGGAGUUUGUUCCUCUCCAUUGCCGUCUCUUGCGUGAAGUCACAGGGGGAAGUAUUCCAAGUGAAAAGGGGAAUACUGUUCCUGGAUAUGAUUUUUUGGUAAAUUCUGUGUGGCCAGAGUUUGUUCGUGGCUUAGAAGUUAAAUUGCCAUCCUUGUUUAAUCCUGGAAACCCAGAUGCCUUUCAUGAGAAAUACACUAUAAGCAUGGAUUUUGUACGAAAAUUUGAACGACAGUGUGGUUCACAAGCCAGCGUGAAAAGAUUGAGGUUGCAUCCAUCAUACCAGAGUUUUAAUGAUAAGUGGAACUUGCCUGUUUAUUUCCAAAUAAGAUUUAGAGAAAUUGCAGAGGCCUUAGAAUCUGCUCUUUCUGAAGAAUUAAAAGAGGCUCCAGAUGGCAGUCCGUAUCAUCUCUUGGCUGCGCAUAUGGUGUGGGAAAGUCUACAGAAGUGUUGGUCAGCUCAAAUAUUUCUGCCAUUGCUAGUCCAUCGCCUCUGGAAGCUUUCACUGCAAAUUGUAGCACGCUAUUCAGUUUUUGUUAACGAACUAUUACUCAGACCCAUCUCUAAUGAAAGUACAAAGGAUCAUAGGAAAACAUUGGCAGGCAGCAACAAGGAUUCUCCAUUGAACUUAGGCUCAGUUGAGGACCAAGGAAUUGGAUCUGCUCCAGAUACCCAGCCAUUGCCUUCCAUAUCCACCACUCAACUUGUUCUUGUUGCUGCAGAUUUGGAUCACCUUCAGGACUGGCUGCCUGAACUGUUGGAAAUUAUCAAACCAAAAUUUGAAUCCGUUGGCUUCAAAGACAUAGCCUGCAUCUCAGGAGCAUUGGAAGAUUCAAAUGAUUCUUUAUUGGGUUGCUGGCCAACUUUAAAUAAAAACAUAAUUCAAGAUUUAAGUGAUUCUUGCUUCAGUUGCCUGAAAAGUGCCCUAGAAAUCCCAAGACUUUAUAGAAGAACCAAUAAGGAGGUGCCAACCAAGGCAUUGCCUUAUGUUGACAGUGCCCUUAAACCUUUCUAUCAGCUGAAGAAUGAGUACAGAGAUACUUUAAAGCCAGCUAUAAUUGACCAGUGGCUUGAAGGAGCCCUCAGUGGAAGUACACAGAAGUACUUUGAGACAAUAUCAGAUAUUCUGAAUUCUGUGAAGAAGAUGGAAGAAAGUUUGAAAAGGCUUAAACAGGCCAGAAAAACUGUGACUUCUAAUAGUGUGUCUCCAAAUGGAGGAAUGAGUGAUGACAAUAAAAUCCGCCUGCAGUUGGCCCUGGAUGUGGAGUACUUUGGGAUUCAGAUGCAGAAGUUGGGUCUGCAGUUGAACAACAUCAAAAGCUUUUCAGGUCUUUCAGAACUUGUUCAAGCCGCCAGGGACCAGAUAUCAGCAGAACAAACAACAUGAUUUCCAGCUGCGUGAUGGGCUUCCAAAGAUAACAGGGUUUACUCUUACUUUUCUCGCACCAAAUAAUAUGUAGCAGUGAAAUGCUUCCUAAUGCAGCUUCAGCAGCGCUAUGUCUGAAGAUACAGAAAAACUUGUUUCACCCAGAAGGAGAACCUUACAUGAAGAAAUCAAUCAUUCUAGUUUUCCAUUAUAUGGAAGACCCUUUGUAUAUUUCUAAAACUCUACUACAGAGAUGUGGAAAUUCUUUUUUAUUUUUAUUGUAAAUUUUUAUCAUGUAGGACUAAUAUGAUUAAAAUAUACUGGAAAAACUUGA